AUGAAGCGCACAGGAUGGCAGAGGUUUGUUCUGCGGCGAGCUGUUGGGACUUCGACCUUGGGCCAGCGCGGCCAGCUGAUCGGCGCCGGAAGAUAUGGCCGCGCUACAACAACCCGGGGUUGUCAGCGUCGUCCUCAAUGCACCAACAGACGUCCACUCAUCUUCUUGGGGGCGCACGGUUUCCGCCAGUUCAGCACAACACCGCAGAGGCGAUAUACGGAUGAUGACGACGAUGAAGAUGCUGGAGGCACGUACAGCGAGGCGGACUACGAACACGCCGUCAUCUCGACGUUUGACCUCUUCUCCAUCGGCAUUGGCCCGUCGUCCUCCCACACCGUGGGGCCCAUGCGAGCCGGCAACAUCUUUGUCGCGGACCUCGUGGAAGCGAACCUACUGCACCGGGUCCACAAGAUCCGCGUGGCCAUCUACGGCAGCCUGGCCCUGACGGGCGAAGGCCAUAUGACGCCCUCAGCCCUGCUUCUCGGCCUGGAGAGCGCGGACGUCGAGACGGUCGAUACCUCGUAUGUGCCGAAGCGGUUCGGCGAGAUCAAGGAGACCAAGAAGCUCUUCCUGGGUCGCGGGCUUCCGGCCCACCAGAAGGGCAAGGAGAUCGCCUUUGACUAUGAACGCGACUUUAUUUGGGAGUGGGGCAAGAAAUUGCCCUUGCACAGCAACGGGAUGCGGCUGAUGGUGUUUGAUGACCAGGGCGACAUGCUGGCGACCAACGAUCUGUUUAGUGUUGGUGGCGGCUUUGUCGUCAACGGCGCCCUUUCUAGUAACCAUGCAGCAGCCCCAAACAACAAUGCAGACGGUCAGGACCUGCCUCCAACCAGCUCUGCCGCAGAAUCCCCUCGUGAUCUGGUCACUCAAGAUGCGGGACAUCAUCCGGCUGAUCUGUCCGAAAACAUGUUCUACAAGGAGAUCCGUCGCGCUGAUGCCGCUGGCGAUCGGAAGACCGGGCCCGAGGUCAAACUCCUGAAUAACGGUGCCGGCGUGUCUGAGAUUGGUGGUCCGGAGGACACUGGGAACGCCCUGUCGCCCGCCUCGACUGGCGGUCCAAGAGACAUCGAGCCCGAAGACGACGGCACCACUACGACUUCUCGUCAGCCUCGCUACCCUUUCCGCAAUGCUGCCAGCCUGUUGCAACUAUGUCACAAGCACAACCUGACUAUUGCGCAGCUGGUGUUUGAGAACGAAAAGAGCCACGGGAAUUCCGAGGAAGAAAUAUAUCGGAAGCUCUUUCGCAUCUGGCGAGUCAUGGACGAAAGCAUCCUCGAAGGCGUCCAGGCUCCGCUCGACUCGACCCUGCCGGGCUCGCUGAAGCUGCAUCGACGAGCUCCUGCAUUGUACAGGCGGCUCACGAGAGGUCUCUAUCCUUCACACACACAAGGAGCCCAAGAUGACGACCGCGCGAGGUCCCUUUCUUCGAACACGGCCAAUGCUUCCCUACCCCACCCGACAGCCGCAAUGGUGACUCCGUCACAAAAACCCAUGGGCCUGCGACGGGCUCCCCGCGUCCACGGCGCCCUCGAUCAUCCCAUUCCACCACCUCCCAAGCGUCGCACCACUUUCCCCGCCAUGGAUUACUUGACCGCGUACGCUAUUGCUGUCAACGAGACCAACGCCGCUGGGGGACGAAUCGUCACGGCUCCUACGAACGGCGCCGCAGGUAUCAUCCCUGCCGUGCUCAAGUACACGAUUGAAUUCAUCAGCGACGAUCCAGAACGUGACGUGCCGACCUUCUUGCUCACCGCCGCCGCCAUCGGCAUGCUGUACAAGCGGGGCGCGACCAUCUCCGCCGCUGAGGGCGGGUGCAUGGCAGAAGUCGGGGUCGCAUGUUCCAUGGCCGCAGGCGCCUUUGCGGCGUGCAUGGGUGCCAGUCCAGAGGCUGUCGAACAGGCUGCGGAGAUUGGCAUCGAGCACAACUUGGGGCUCACGUGUGAUCCCAUUGGCGGCCUUGUCCAGGCGCCUUGCAUCGAGCGGAAUGCCCUGGGUGCCGUCAAGGCUAUCUCGAGCGCCAACCUUGCUCUCAGCAGUGAAACCGGCACACAAAAGGUGAGGUUAGAUGAUGCGAUCCGUGCCAUGCGCCUGACUGCCAGGGGGAUGAGGAACGAGUUCAAGGAGACAAGUCUGAGCGGACUGGCCACAAGCGUGCCGUUUCACAUCCCAGUCAGCGUCCCUGACUGUUGA